AUGGCCGGCGGCCGGAUGCCCAUGGAGGCGUCGGGGCCGGCCCGGGACUCCCGCGGGGUGUCCGUCCAAGUGUGCGCUCCGCCCUAUGGGCGGGACCCCGACUGGACGUCAGCGGACGAGCUGGCUCCGCCCCCGGGCUCCGCGAGAGAGUGGGUAGAAGAGCCGUCCCCAGCCCUGGCCAGCCGCUCUCCCCGGGAGACUGUCCAGCAGAGCAUGGCGAGUCGGGAGCAGGCGAGUGCCUCCGGCCACAUGUUCGACGUGGUCGUGAUAGGAGGUGGCAUCUCAGGAUUAUCUGCUGCUAAACUGUUAGCUGAACAUGAAGUUAAUGUUUUGGUUUUAGAAGCUCGGGGCAGAGUUGGAGGUAGAACGUACACUAUAAGAAACAAACAUGUUGGUUACGUGGAUGUUGGUGGGGCUUAUGUGGGACCCACCCAGAACAGGAUCCUAAGGUUAUCUAAGGAGCUGGGCUUAAGAACCUACAAAGUGAACGUAAAUGAAUGUGUUAUUCAGCAUGUCAAGGGGAAAACUUACCCAUUUCGCGGUGCCUUCCCUCCAGUCUGGAACCCCAUUGCAUAUCUGGAUUACAACAAUCUGUGGCGGACAAUGGAUAACAUGGGAAAGGAGAUUCCAGCUGAUGCACCAUGGGAUGCCCCGCAUGCCGAAGAAUGGGACAGAAUUACGAUGAAAGAACUCUUUGAUAAAAUCUGCUGGACAGAGACAGCCAGGCGGUUUGCUUCUCUCUUUGUGAACAUCAAUGUGACCUCUGAGCCUCACGAGGUGUCUGCCCUGUGGUUCCUGUGGUAUGUGAAGCAGUGUGGUGGCACUACCCGGAUUUUCUCGGUUACCAAUGGGGGCCAGGAACGGAAGUUUGUAGGUGGCUCUGGUCAAGUGAGCGAACUGAUAAUGGAGCGUCUUGGGGACAGAGUGAAGCUAUGUCAGCCUGUCACCUGUGUUGACCAGUCAGGUGACAACAUCAUCGUACAUACGUUGAAUGGUGAAGUUUAUCAGUGCAAAUAUGUAAUCAGUGCCAUCCCGCCCACUCUGACGACGAAGAUUCACUUUAUUCCAGAGCUGCCAACUGAGAGAAACCAGUUAGUGCAACGCCUUCCAAUGGGAGCUAUCAUUAAGUGUAUGAUGUAUUACAAGGAAGCCUUUUGGAGGAAGAAGGGCUACUGUGGUUGUAUGAUCAUUGAAGAUGAGGAAGCUCCAAUUUCAAUAACCCUGGAUGACACCAAGCCUGAUGGAUCAUACCCUGCUAUCAUGGGCUUCAUUCUUGCUCGGAAAGCUAUCCACCUCGCUAACCUUCAGAAAGACCAAAGAAAGAAAAUAAUCUGUGAGUUGUACUCCAAAGUGCUGGGAAGCGAGGAAGCUUUACAGCCAGUGCAUUAUGAAGAAAAGAAUUGGUGCGAAGAACAGUAUUCUGGAGGCUGCUACACCGCCUACUUUCCUCCUGGCAUUAUGACUAAAUAUGGAAGGAUAAUUCGAGAACCAGUAGACAGGGUUCAUUUUGCUGGAACAGAGACUGCCACACAUUGGAGUGGAUACAUGGAAGGAGCUGUGGAAGCCGGAGAGCGAGCAGCUAGAUCGAUCUUGAAUGCUCUGGGAAAAGAGACAAAGCAAGACAUCGAGGAGCCUGAGUCAGAGGAUGUCCCAGCUAAGGAAAUCACACACACCUUCUGGGAAAGAAACCUCCCCUCCGUGCCAGGCCUGCUCAAGAUCAUUGGGUUCUCCACAUCGGUAUCCGCUGUGUGUUUUCUGGUGUGCAAGUACAGGCUGCUAGAACGAUGCUGA